UUCACUGCUGACAACACUUACGAGAAAUGUCUAACCAAGCAACGACGCCGUCAGUCAACAACGCCGUGUAGCUUGUUUUUACUUUUUACAAAUUUAGGCGUUGCAUAGGAAUUUCGAUAAUAAAUAGUAUUGGAAUCUUUGUAUUUGAGUGACCAGUGUUAUAUUUAGUGAGCCAUAAUGGCAACUAUAGGUCCGAAGAAGGAUGGAGGACCAAAUGUUGAGUUUUUUCAGUCACCAGAAUCACUAGGCCAAUUUGAUCAAAUUCGAGUUUGGCUCCAAAAGAAUUGUAAAAAGCAUGUUCAAACGGACCCUCCAACUAAAGAAGGCUUGGCUCAACUAGUAGUGCAGCUGAUUCAAUACCAGGAGAACAAACUGGGGAAAAAUGCUUCAGAUCCACCAUUCUUGAGGCUUCCGAUGAAAGUGUUCAUGGAUAUGAAGCCGGGCGGGUCCCUGUGCACGGUGCUCGCCACCAUGUUCCGCUUCAAGUCGGAGCAGCGGUGGCGCAAGUUCGACUUCCAGGUCGGUAAGAACCCCUCUCGCAAGGACUUGAACGUGCAGAUGAUGAUGGAGAUAGAAUCCUCGUUGCUCGGAGCCGAGGUUAUCCGCUCGCCCUGCGUGUUCAUACGACCUGAUGUCGACAAGGCCACCGCUAACAAAGUCAAAGACAUCGUGGUUAACCAUCAAGGAGAGAUUUGCGAGGACGAAGAGGAGGCGACGCACAUAAUCUACCCGACCGUAGACCCGCUGGAGGAGGAGUACGCGCGGCCGGUGUUCCGGCGCAGCAACCACGUGCUGGUGCACUGGUACUACCUGCCCGACAGUCACGACACAUGGGCGCAGGCUGACCUGCCGGUGGAGGUCCCAGAGACUGUGAGCUGGGACUGUAACCGCUCCGAGCCGUGGCGCGUGUCCGCGUCGUGGGCGCUCGACCUGCCGCAGUACAACGAGUGGAUGAACGAGGAGGACUACGAGGUGGACUCUAACGGCAAGAAGAAGAUUCACAAGCUGCGUCUAUCCGUGGAUGACCUAAUCCCUGGCGCGGAACCAUCAAGUAAGUCGAAGAAAGGCAGCAAGAGGAAGCGAUCGCCUUCGCCGCCGCCGCAGAAACACGGAAAGAGGAAGAGUCGUAUUACAAAGCGUCGUGAGAAUGACGUCGACGAGGAGGAAGACAACGCGUCCCGCGACAACACAGACGCCGCGCCCACGCCAGAGAACGAACGAUCUGCUGACACAGCGUCGGGUCCGUCGGCAAGCGUGACAGCAGCGGGAGCGGGCGACGCCAGCGCGGACGCGCCGCCCACGCCCGCGCCGCCGCUCGACGCGCACGACGACUCGCAGGGCAAGCACAGCGACUCCAACACGCAGGAGAUGCUAACUAAAGAAGAGUUAGAAGACAACGUGACGGAUCAGACGCAUCACAUCGUGGUGCCGUCGUACUCGGCCUGGUUCGACUACAACUCCAUACACACCAUAGAGAAGCGAGCCCUGCCAGAGUUCUUCAAUGGAAAAAACAAGUCCAAAACGCCUGAGAUUUAUUUGGCUUAUAGGAACUUCAUGAUCGACACGUACCGCCUGAACCCGACGGAGUACCUGACGAGCACGGCCUGCCGCCGCAACCUGGCGGGCGACGUCUGCGCCAUCAUGCGAGUGCACGGCUUCCUGGAGCAGUGGGGGCUCAUCAACUACCAGCUGGAAACCGAGUCCCGUCCCACGGCGAUGGGUCCACCACCGACGUCUCACUUCCACGUGCUCUCCGACACGCCGUCAGGCCUGCAGCCGCUCGUCACCAGACCCACACAGCCCAGACCUGCGGAAAAUGUACCGAAAGUGGAGCCAGGUCUACCAAACGGCGCGGAGGCCGGCGCGGGCGCGGCGCCGCCCGCUGUGCCCAUCAAGCCAGAGCCUGCGCUCGACAUCAUCGCCUCGCCCGGCAUCAAGCUUGACCAGUACCGCAUGGGCGCGGGGGGCGGGGGGGGCGCGCGCGGGCGCGAGUGGACGGAGCAGGAGACGCUGCUGCUGCUGGAGGCGCUGGAGCUGCACCGCGACGACUGGAACCGCGUGGCGGCGCACGUGGGCACGCGCACGCAGGACGAGUGCAUCCUGCACUUCCUGCGCCUGCCCAUCGAGGAGCCCUAUCUGCACGACCCGCACGCCGGUGGUGUACUAGGUCCCCUGGCAUACCAACCUAUUCCAUUCAGCAAGACUGGCAACCCUGUCAUGAGCACAGUGGCCUUCCUCGCUUCGGUGGUAGAUCCGCGCAUCGCGUCCAAAGCCACCAGGGCAGCCAUGGAAGAGUUUGCAGCGAUAAAGGACGAGGUCCCCGCGGCCAUGAUGGAGGCCCACGUGAAGGCGGCGGGCGCGCACGGGCCCGGCGCCGCGCUGGCCGCCACCGGCAUCGCCGGGACCGCGCCCGACCUGCCGCCCGCUGGCGAAGGAAAGAAGGAAGGUUCAUCAGAAAUCAAGGCUGAGCCUAUGGAGGUAGAAGAGGGCGAGGCCAAGGUCAAGGACGAACCAGCAGAGACUCCUGCACCCGCUGAGCCCGAGAAGGAACCUAAAGAGGAACCCUCCCCACAACCAGCAGAGAAAACAGAAGCCCCUACAACAGUAGACGCGAAGCUGCAGUCGGCUGCAGCGGCGGCGCUGGCGGCGGCCGCAGUCAAGGCCAAGCAUCUCGCCGGCGUCGAGGAACGCAAGAUCAAGUCACUCGUGGCUCUGCUCGUGGAGACACAGAUGAAGAAGUUGGAGAUCAAGCUGCGGCACUUCGAGGAACUUGAAGCUACUAUGGAGAGGGAGCGAGAAGGUUUGGAGUACCAACGGCAGCAGUUGAUCCAGGAACGGCAACAGUUCCACCUAGAGCAGUUGAAGGCGGCCGAGUUCCGCGCCAGGCAUCAGGCGCACCAGAGGUUACAAGCGGAGAGCGGCGGCGCGCCCCCGGCGGCGGCGGGCGCGGCCCCGGGCGGCGCGCCCCCGCCCGCGCUGGGCGCCGCGCCCCCCGACCCCGCGCCCGACGCGGCCUCCGCGCACGCCUAG